AUGUCCUGCUUGCCAUCCAGAUCUUCAUUGUUGUAUAGGAAGGGCUCCGUGUGCAGGCCUCCUGCAAAACUGUUGCGCGGCAGGUGCCAGCAGCACAAACAAAUUUUGUCAACCAUCCUUGGCCACGGAUUGUCUGAGGUGUCUGCAAACAGGUUGUAUUCCUCUCUAAGAAUGCCGAGCAUUAGUGACGCAACGGCAGAUGUUACCGUUGGGGGCAAGUCUUACGCCGUCAAGACAAUUUCGCUUUCCGACGAAGUGCCAGCAUUCAAAUGCUUGGAACCAGCUGAGGCAUCAUUUCUAUACAAGCAGAUAUUUGAAGAGGCAGACUACACGCAGUUCGGCAUAUCCAUAUCGCCUGGAGACGUGGUAGUUGACAUCGGUGGGAACAUUGGUGCAUUUGCGGUAUACGCGAUCCUCAAGAACAAGGGAAACAUCUCCAUCUAUGCUUUUGAGCCCGUGCCAAUCCUUGCGCACAUAUGUCAAGCUAAUAUGGAGCUGUACAAGGGCAAAGAUACGGAGUACAAGGUCUUCACGCUGGGCUUAACGGCCCCGGACAAGGUCGGGAAAAUCGCUUUCGAUUUCUUCCCCGAGUAUUCCCUGCUGUCAUCGGCGUACGACUGGGAUCCAUCGGAUCGCGACGCCAUCGCGCAGAAGCUGCUGCAGUUCGAGGGAUCGAACGACCCGGCCCGUCUUGAGGAGCUCCGUCAACGGGUAGGCGACAGCCUGCGGAAGGAGGUAGUCGAGGCUGAGCUCCGGACUUUCUCUUCCGUACGCCAAGAGCUCGGGCUGAAGCGCAUCGACCUAUUGAAGAUCGAUGUUGAAAAGGCUGAGUGGGACGUCGUGUGCGGCAUUUCCGACGACGAUUGGGCCAUGACACGCCAGGCGGCCAUAGAAACGCACGUGAUUGGCGACCGCGUGGAGCGAAUUGCCCAGCUGCUGCGGGACAAGGGCUUUUCGCGGGUUCAUGUGGGCGAGGUGGGCACCCCAAAGUUCCUCGGCUUCAAGUAUUACAACAAGUUGCACCCCGAGGGUGACACGCCCGCCGCUGUGGUGCCCAAUGGGGGUGAUGACAAGGCUGCCACCGCCGCCGCCGGCGGCGGCCUGGUGUGCAACAUCUACGCGACCAGGGACUAGAUAUGUACUGGUUAUGUUGUCGUUUGAUUAGCUGAUUACUUAUGCCAAUCUUGCGAGCCGGGACGAGUCGAAUUGUUUGUAUACAAUAAAAAUAUUAUAAAGAUAAUAAUAAUAAAUAAAAAUUAUAAAUUAUAAUGUAUAUGUUAUGAAAAGUAUUAUAAUUGUACGUGGGCAUCUUAAUGCCGUAGCACCCGCAUUAAGGGUGUUAGGGCUUCGUGUCGCCAUGGGCGUGUGUUUCAUACGGCUAUGUCUCGGUCUCGUGGCCGAUGCAUACUUCCUAUGUCCCCUUGCAGUAAGAGAAACUAAUAGUGCAUGCACGCGCUUGUGCGUACACCAGUAGGUUUUUCACUGCUGCCACUCAUAUAGUACCUUUUACUAUCGACAGUACUAGGGUCUAUAUGCCAACUAUCUAAAACUCAGAUAGAUGGUCUACAUAUUUACAGACGACCCAAAAUUUUACCGACGUAAGGGUGAUAACAUAAAUAAGCUGAUGGACAAAUACGGGAUUAAUUCCCGGCGUGAGCAAGUGGUAAUUGAGCGAGCGAGGGGGCGUGCUGCAAACCCUAAGUCACCACCGACACACUAAUCGUUAACCUCGGUUGGAGGACAUGAUAGCGUGUGCGCGGUCAGGUGGCUUGGCGGGAGUCGGCGGAGCAAGCCCUGUUGUAUGCUGCUGCUGCUGCUGUAUCGUGAUAUUAUAUACUAUUCGAAAUGGCGAAUCGAUAAUACUUGUUUUUCUUGUCGUCGCGAUCGAGAUCGUAUGGCACUAAUAUGUGGGUUAUGCGGACGACGUCCCUCCCCAGCGGCUGUAUGUGUGAAGCUGGAAGGCCUUGCAUGCCUUGCACCUGGUAUACAGAUAUUGGGAACCUACCUACGAGCAAGGGGCAACAAGUCCUCAUAUUGAGUAUUUAAGAACACGUAGAAUGCUUGUAUCGUGACUUCACUACGUGGGUGACGGUGUCGCAAUAGUUUUGAAGGUCCUGUAGGUCUUCACCUGCUGGGGUCGCGUGCGGCGAGCGCUUCACUAAAUUGUAGAUUCCGUACUCACUCGUAUGUAUGUGUGUUCCCCCAAUUAUAGCCGGAGCUGUAUGUGGUUGUAGUAGGUUCCUUCCUUUCUCCAGGUUGUGAAUGUGCUGCCUAAGCCUGGUCCAGCAGGGCAGGGGAAAUUGUAAGGUCCGAUCGAGC